AUGACAUCUCCAGGUGUACAUGCUUUCUUAAUAAUUCUCCGUGUGGAUCGUUUUUCACCUGAAGAAAAAAAUACUGUAGAUUUCAUAAAAACAAUAUUUGGUGCCGGUGCUGCUAAAUAUUGUAUCGUGAUUUUUACUCGUCAAGAUCAGUUGGAGGAAGGUCAAACGAUUGAUGAAUUUAUCAGUUCGUCUGAUGAAUUGCAGGAAUUAGUCAACAGCUGUGGAAAUCGUAAAUUGGCUCUUAACAAUAAACUAAAUGGUGAACAGUUAGACAGAGUGACUAAACGAUUGCUUCAAAUGAUUGAUCAAAUGGUACAACGAAAUAAUGGUAAUUAUUAUACCAAUGCUGAAUAUCAACGAAUUGAGAAGGAACGACGAGAAGAGCAAGCAAGACGAGACGAACAAACGCGUAGAGAAAAAAAAGAAUAUGAAGACUCAUUAGUUGCAAGUGCAAGAGAAGAAGAACGAAAAAGGGGUGAAAAACGAGAACAAGAAGAACGAGACAGACGCUGUCGAAUGAACCAAAAUUAUGAUGAUGAUGAUGGUUCCUUGUUUGAUGGAAUGCGUCAAAUGAUGUUGGGUAAUCGUAUGCCUUAUCAAUCAUCAAUGUCUACUAGUUCUAGAAACCCUGGAGGCAGUGGUGGCCGAUUCACAGGUGAGUUUAUGGCAACUCGCGGCAGUGCAAAUAAUCGACCUAUUAUGGAAGGAUCCAGAGGUGGACAGUUUUAUUAUAAUGCCAACGGUAAUAAGACUUAUUUACGGAAGUAA